UCCAAUCCCGCCUCCACCGUCUCUCCUUCUUCUCCAAAUCCAUUCCUUUCGAAAUCCUUCACACCGCCCCUCCUCCUCCUCCGCCUCCUCGGCCUCACCAUCUCGCUUCUUCUAGUCUUGUCUAGGGUUCCUUCAUUCUCUUCUUCUCUCGAUCUCAAGCAGCCUCUGUCAUCAUGCGGACCACUGUCUCUAGGUGUCUUGUCACUGGCAGGCUCUUCCACUAUUGCCGGGGUGUUUGUUUUUCUCGCGGGGAACUGUGGGAGAACAGGGUUCGCUCUUUUCGGGUCUUCUCGAUUUGUGGCCGAAAGCCUGUUCCUGUUCUUGGUGGAGGAUUCCCGUUGUUGAAUCGGAGUCGGGUGGGUGUGAUUCUGAGAGAUGGUGGCUGUUUCAGGCGAUUUGGUGGUUUUCUAUCGGAUUCGUCACCGUCUAUCGGAGGGAACACCUCCAGAGAUUCGAAAUUUUUGAAUGGAAAUGCAUUAUUCUCAACAUCUGCGAGUGAUGUGACGGCAGCCCGGCCAGUUGGUGGAACCACGAAACAAGUCCAAAAUGAACCAGGCAAGAAUCUGUCUGCUGAUGAGCAGAUUACAGACAUGAAGAUUCUAAGUACUCUUGCAAAGUACUUGUGGCUGAAGGACAACCCCGAAUUCCGAUAUAGAGUGUUGCUUGCAUUUGCUCUUCUUGUUGGUGCAAAAGUCAUAAAUGUUCAAGUGCCCUUCUUAUUCAAGCUUGCCGUGGAUUGGCUUUCAGCAAUAACUGGAUCUGGUAGCACAUUAUCAUCAUUUGCCGAUACCAACUCUAUGUUACUGGCACUCUUUGUAAGUCCGAUUGCUGUCCUUGUUGGAUAUGGAAUAGCCAGAACUGGAGCAGCAGCCUGCAAUGAGUUACGGAAUGCUGUGUUUUCAAAAGUUGCAUUAAGAGCCAUUCGCAGUGUUUCAAGGAAGGUAUUUUCCCACUUGCUUGACCUUGAUCUUCGAUUCCAUUUGAGCCGACAAACUGGCGCGUUGAAUCGCAUAAUUGAUCGGGGAAGCCGGGCAAUAAACUUUAUCCUUUCAUCUAUGGUAUUCAAUGUGGUGCCCACCAUUUUGGAGAUUGCUAUGGUCUCAGGAAUUCUUGCAUACAAGUUUGGUGCAACUUUUGCAUGGAUCACUUCACUAUCUGUUUCUUUAUAUAUUGCAUUUACUCUUAUUGUCACACAGUGGCGGACUAAGUUUAGGCAGGCCAUGAACAAAGCUGACAAUGAUGCUAGUUCAAAGUCAAUUGAUUCUCUUUUAAAUUAUGAGACGGUCAAAUAUUUUAACAAUGAGUCCUUUGAAGUCUCAAAGUAUGACAAAUAUUUAAAGAAGUAUGAGGAUGCAGCACUGAAAACUCAAAGUAGCCUUGCUUUUCUGAACUUUGGUCAGAAUGUGAUAUUUAGCACAGCUUUGUCAUCGGCCAUGGUAUUGUGUUCUCAUGGAAUUAUGAAGGGUGCCAUGACAGUUGGUGAUUUGGUUAUGGUGAAUGGGCUUCUCUUCCAGCUGUCUCUGCCUCUCAACUUCCUAGGAAGUGUGUAUCGGGAAACUAGACAAAGCCUUAUUGAUAUGAAGGCCAUGUUUCAGUUGCUCGAGGAGAAAGCUGAAAUCAGAGACGAGAAUGCAAAACCUUUACUGUUAGCUGGAGGUACCAUUGAGUUCGACAAUGUGCAUUUUGGAUAUGUAAAGGAGAGAAAGAUUCUUGAUGGGGUUUCUUUUGUUGUUCCAGCAGGAAAAAGCAUUGCUAUUGUUGGGAGCAGUGGCAGUGGCAAGUCAACCAUACUAAGAUUGCUCUACAGAUUUUUUGACUCUGAUUCUGGAAAUAUAAAAAUUGAUGGUCAAAAUAUUCAACUUGUAACUUUGGAGAGUCUGCGGAAGUGUAUUGGUGUUGUGCCUCAAGACACUGUUCUUUUCAACGAUACUAUUUUCCACAAUAUACGUUAUGGUCGGUUAUCAGCAACAGAAGAGGAGGUCUUUGAUGCUGCCAAACGUGCAGCUAUUCAUGACACAAUCAUGAACUUCCCUGAAAAGUAUUCUACUAUUGUAGGAGAGCGAGGUUUAAAGGGCUCAAUUGUUCUUGAUGGAUGUUAUAUUGUGUGACAAGUAGUCACUUGACAUUCUUACAGUUGAGUGGUGGAGAAAAGCAACGUGUAUCGCUUGCGCGUGUAUUCUUGAAGGCACCUUCUAUAUUGU